AUUUUGCGUGCGUCCAACAAUCAACAUGGCGGACAUUGUGACGGCGAAAUCAGCAGUAGAUGAGGAAAAUGGAAGUGGGGAUAAAUCCAACGUCAGAGACAUAAACAAAGAAGAUGACAAUGCUGGAAAAUCAUUCGAGGAUGGUGAUGGUGCAGACAUGGAGGCCACAUUAGAUACAGAAGAGGAAUUUGGAGGCGAUCCUUUGAGCGAUGCCCAAGUGUUGAAGCUUCAGUCUCCAUCGGAUGAUUCCAUUGCAACCAUGGGGGUUGAUCAGCCUGAGGAGCAGAGAGGGGUGACAGAGGCCACAGCAGAUCAGGCAAUGGAACCUGACAACUAUGAAGACAUAGCCAAACAUAAUAUCAUUCAAGUUGGAGGAGACGACAAAGCAGGAAGAAAGUUGAUCUUCGUCUACUGCAGCAGAUUUCCUCCCAGUAAGUCGUACAACCAGAUGAGAUUGCUAGGCUACAUGAAAGAUACCUUAAACAAGUACGUAGAGAAUGACUACAGUUUAGUGAUCUUCCAGUAUGGCUUGACAAGACAGAACAGACCCUCCUGGAAGUUCCUAGUGGAGGCAUAUAAAAAUUUGGAGAGAAAGUAUAAGAAGAACUUGAAGGCAUUGUACAUUGUGCAUCCAUCUCAGAUCGUCAAGAUGAUCUGGGGUAUUUUCCGUCACAUCGUAAGUGUGAAAUUCAGUCGCAAGGUGACGUACAUCCACUUCCUGUCGGAGCUCGGGGAAACGGUGGAUAUGAAGAAAGUUGAGAUUCCUGCAGUUAUCAAGAGUCAUGAUGAUCAGUUACAAGCACACUAUCAAGCUAAACACACCAAUACCCCAAAAUAUGCAACCAACACAGAUGGUCAAGUACAGACUAAACAGACACUGCCAACUCAGCAGUUUGGAGUUUCGUUGCAGUAUCUGAGAGAGAACGGAGGAGAUCAAGAGCCUAUACCCAAAGUUGUCAGAGAAACAGUUGAAUACCUAAAGAGAAACGGUUUAAGAACAGAAGGACUGUUCAGACGAUGCCCUAAUGCAAUAACUGUCAAGAGAGUGCAAGAAAUGUACAAUAGAGGUGACCCAGUCAACUUUACUGAUGUAGGAGAUGUCCACGUUCCAGCCCUUCUCCUGAAAGCAUUCUUUAGAGAGCUUCCUGAACCAAUCAUGACCUUUGACCUUUACGAUGAUAUCCUCAAAAUUCAUAAUUUGCAAGACAACACAGACAGAGCAGAAGAAUGUAAGACGCUAAUCCAUGAGAGACUUCCGGAGCAAAACAGACUUAUCUUUACCUACGUUGUGAAACUACUCAGAGAGGUAUCCUGCCAUAGCAGUGAAAACCAAAUGUCCGACUCCAACCUUGCAAUUGUGUUUGGACCCAACUUGGUGUGGUCGAAAGACGCCUCCGCUUCCCUCUCUGCCAUGGCACAGAUCAACUCCUUCAUUGCUACGGUACUCUUCAACUAUGAACACAUCUUUCCAAGCAAUGCCGAGGCGGCCAUGUCAGAUAGGACGGAUGGGGACGGAGCGAACGAGAAAGAACUUGCGUCGAAAGAAGACAAGACAGCAGAGGAAUGACUCCCUCGAUGUAUCCUGACCUUAGAUUUAUAGUAUAUACUGUCCAAGAUGAUAUAUAUUUAUUUAUAGAAAUAUAGACCUACUGGGUAGUUCUAUAACGUAUUAAAAUGUAUGAUCCUCAUACCUUCCAAGUGUUUCUAUGAAAUAGGAAAAUUCCUUAUUUGGGGAAAGGAACAUUCCCAUUUUCACCUGUGUGUUCCCAUUUCUGGAAACUUCUUUGUGAUUUGUUCCUAUUCCUUGGAUGUGAGGGUUGGUAGGUAUGGAACCCCUAUUUGUGGGCUCUACCUUUGCAGCAGGUAUCCUGACAUAGCAGUGAAAAUCAAAAUGAUGUACCUCUGUUUAUAAUGCUUUCAAGCUAUCAUGGCAUUAGUGGUUCAUUGAGUGAAGUAAGAAUAGAGGAAAAUCAGGGUCAGAUGUUAAAUAAUAUUUUAUUAUUUUAUAGAAUUGCCCUACUGUAACAUUUGUACAAGGUGUAAAAAUUAGAUUUUUUAUUGAAUAUUAUUUAAUUGUAGGCAAAGCCAAGAUGAGUUUUUUUAUUUGUAGUUAUUUGACCUUAGUUCCAUUUUAGGUAGCUGAUUGCAUCUCGUGUGUACUCUUUUCGUCGCACUUGAUUGCUGUUGAAACGCCCCUGCUUUGUGGCACAGUUUUUGGGCAGAAAUUCUUUUAUUCAGCCUGUCUCACAAUUCAAAAUUGGAGUACACCUGUGUGGAAGUCUUUGAUGGAGCUAAAUACUCAUGUAUUCUACUUAAAUUUUUCUCUUGGAACUGUGUUUAUUUACUUUGUUUAUUUGUUUAUCCAUGAGAGUACAUUCCUUGUUUCAUUCCAUUCAUCUUAUGCAUUAGAGAUCACCAUCACAUCCUUUCAUGGUAACCAAUUUAAAGGGGAAGUUCACCCUGACAAAAAGUUUAUCGUAGAAAUAGCAGAAAAAUAAUUUAAAAAUAUUGCCAUUAUUUCGAGAUGAAUGCUAAUAAUUAGAACUUUAGGACCCUUUAACAAAACUUAGCAUUCGAUUGUAUGACUAAUUUUUGUAAUUGAUUCCUGUGAUCAUUGUGUUCAAUUAAUAUUUACAAAUCAACCGCAUGAUCAUCACUAAUCUUGGUCUAGAUGGUCCCAGAUCUCUUAAUUCAUUUUAUUGUUGUUGCAUUGUUUACAUGUACUUUUGAUCCCAAAGAAGAGCUUUUUGUUUUGUAAACAUAUAAUGAUAUGUACAUGUACAAUAUCGAUGUUAGAGAUCAUUUAAUAAUUACUUGCCAUUGUUGUUGUUGUGGGAUGUAUAGUAACUGGUGUUGGGUGACUUGAGCUUUAGCAAUAAUUGGAAGAAUACUAUCGAGAUGUAAUCCUAUUUGGAGUCAUAGCACAAUCGUUAAUCCUGUACAUAGAACUACACAAUUAUUUUGUGAAAAUUAAUUUUUGGACUCCCCUUUAGUUUCACCAUAGGUUGAAUAGUAACUGCAUAUACACUGUACUGUUAUGAUUUCAAGGAAUGAAAUAGUGUGUUGGAAAAAAAAGCUACAAGAAGUAUCCACAACUUUUUUCGAAGUAUGUAAUAUUAAAGGUCAAGUCCACCCCAGAAAAAUGUUGAUUUGAAUAAAUAGAGAAAAAUUAAGCUAGCAUAAUGCUGAAAAUUUCAUUAAAAUCGGAUGUAAAAUAAGAAAGUUAUGGCAUUUUAAAGUUUCACAUAUUAUUCACAAAACAGUGAUAUGCACAACUCAGUGACAUGCAAAUGAGAGAGUCGAUGAUGUCACCAUUUCUUUUGUUUUUUAUUGUUUGAAUUAUGCAAUAUUUCAUUUUUUACAGAUUUGACUAUAAGGACCAACUUGACUGAACCAUAUAGUAUUAAACAAUGCUAAUUCCACAUGUUCAGGAGGAAUUAAUCGUUGUUUCACUUGACAAUGAGGAGAAAAUUAGAAUAUUUCAUAUAAUAAUAUACAAAAGAAAUAGUGAGUAUAUGACGUCAUCAGUCUCCUCAUUUGCAUACUGACCAGGAUGUGCAUAUAACUGUUUUGUGAAAUUAAGCGAAACUUUGAAAUGUCAUAACUUUCAUAUUUUACAUCCAAUUUUGAUGAAAUUUUCAGUGUUAUGCUUGUUGGAAUUUUCUCUUUUUAUUCAUAUCAACUUUGUGUUGGGGUGGACUUGUCCUCUAAUAAUGAUAUAGGAUUUAUGUAGUGCACGUAUCCACCUUUUUAGGGGCUCAAGGUGCUCCUAUAUUAGCCCUGCUAAGCUAGUCUACUGAUUUCGUCAAACAAUGCCCGGGGCCUGUAACAUAAAGCUUAGCGAUUGAUCGUAAGGCUUAUAUUUUACAAUCAAUCAUACAAAAUAAUCAGUGGUAGACAUCAGCUCCACGGUCAAAUGCUAACUUUUAUGUUACAUGCCAAUGAACUUCUCAGAUGAAAUUCAAUUCUUUAAACUAUCUUAAAAUGGUGACAUUUCAUUAUACGCAGUGCAUGAGAGCAUCAAGCAUCAUGUCAAAGUUCAAAGUUUAUUUCCAUGGUUAGUUGCCUAACAUAGCAACAUGCAACACAUGGAGACCAAUCCUGCCGGGAGAAUUUUCAGUGGUAGGCCCGUGGUUGUACAUUUAAAAAGAAAUCUUAGGUAUCUUGACCGACCACUAGGCACAUUAAACUCUGGCCGUAACUGUAUGCCUCCAAAAACUUUGAUUACGAUGAAUUAGCAGCUGAAUUUGUGAUUUUAAUUUCAAAUCCUGUACGGGUGGGUGUUUCACAAACCCGUUCUUAAGUUACAAACAACUGGUGACCGUUUCAUGUGGAACAUGGCUAAUGACGUGUCACUGACUUAGCACCUAAGAACAUGUUCCAGUCAUUUAUUUUACUGACGGCUUUAUGAAACGCCAACCCGACUAUCUAACUGCCUUUAUAGAAGCCAAACAUUGUGAACGGCUGGAAAGUGAGGAAUGCCAAAAAGAGUGCUAAAAAUCACCAACAUGAAUAAACUAUGUGUUAUUAUUCUACCUUGGAGAAAGUACCCAUCUAAAGGCAGUAUUUUCCUAAUUACUGAUUAUUUACUCAUUCUCUUCGAUGCUUAGAGACCUCAUUACAAUGUGACAAAGUUGAACAUACAGGCCCGUACUCUGAAGUCGGGUUUAAUUUAAACUCUGGUUUAAAGUUGCGGUUUAACUAUGGACAGCCAAUAGUUGCGUAAAUCUCUAACAAUAUAAUAUAAAUGUAUCAGCUCAUUUUUCGCUCAAAUCAUUUGUAACUGUUUCGGAAAGAUAACUUUCUUCACAAUUCCACGAGUUAGGAAAGAGCACAGUAAGCAUAAGAAACAUGCAAUGUAAUGAAAAUUUUGAUGUGUUUGGCCUUCCAUAAAUUUAGCAAAGCGUUAGACCAUGAUCUCAGUUAAACCUGACUUCAGAAUAUGGGCCAUAGUGUAUAGAAGAGGAAUAUUAUCCUCAUCAUUAUUACCAGAAUCAUUUAGCACACAAUAUUCAUUUCUACAUUAGACUGCCAUUUCGUUUGAUUAUUUGUAAGUAUUCAUUUGGUGAUUUGUUAUCUUAGCCGGAGUCUCAGUAAAGUGAUUUCGGUAAUAC